AUGUCCACCAGCCUCACCACUUGUGAAUGGAAAAAGGUCUUCUACGAGAAGAUGGAGGUGGCAAAGCCAGCAGACAGCUGGGAGCUCAUCAUAGACCCCAACCUCAAGCCCAAUGAGCUGGGCCCUGGCUGGAAGCAGUACCUGGAGCAGCAUGCCUCAGGCAGGUUCCACUGUUCCUGGUGCUGGCACACCUGGCAGUCUGCCAACGUGGUCAUCCUCUUCCACAUGCACCUGGACCGUGCCCAGCGUGUUGGUUCAGUGCGCAUGCGUGUGUUCAAGCAGCUGUGCUACCAGUGCGGAACCUCACGGCUGGAUGAGUCCAGCAUGCUGGAGGAGAACAUCGAAGGCCUGGUGGACAACCUCAUCACCAGUCUUCGUGAGCAGUGCUACGACGAGGAUGGUGGCCAGUACCGCAUCCACGUGGCCAGCCGGCCGGACAACGGAUUGCACCGCAGCGAGUUCUGCGAGGCCUGCCAGGAAGGCAUCGUGCACUGGAAGCCCAGCGAGAAGCUGCUGGAGGAGGAUGCGGCUUAUACCGAUGCCUCCAAGAGGAAGGGCCAGGCCGGUUUCAUCUCCAACUUCUUCUCAUUUCGCUGGUGCCUGUUCUGGGGCGCCCUCUGCCUGGUCGUUGUCUACCUGCAGUUCUUCCGAGGCCGCUCUGGCUUCCUUUAG